AUGUUUGGUCAAACAGGAGGUAGUAAGUUCAAACCAAGGCAAAGACAAAAGUCUAUCUUGCCCUUACCAGCAACCUUUAAUAGAAUUCAUACGUUACAACGAAAAAAUAUACCAUGGAUAGCCUUGCUUAUCUUGUUUAUGUGGUACUUCUUUAAUCCCUUCGGUGUUAUUGCUGGAAUGUUUAGAUCUGCUACACCUAAUUCAUAUCCACCACCACAUCCAUUAACAAGUCACAAUGUUAUUGAAACGAAUUCCCGAUUCAUAUAUCCUGCAUUAGAACUUUCUCCGUAUCUUAAAGGGUUACCACUUGACAGAAUCAUGAAAGUGUCUCGUGUUAGAGAUUCCAAUUUUCCAGAAAUUGAGAAAACUUUAAUCAAGUCAUUGAACUCGUUGGAUGAUCCUGAUGUAGAAACUCAACGUGCUAAGGAAGAAGCUGAAAAUGCCGUUUCCGAUGUUUCCAAAGCUAUCAACAGUUUCAAGAAUCAAGACAAAGUUGUUUUUAAACCAAAGAACCCGGAUGAUUAUCCUCAAGUGAUUAUCGUCACUGCUGUUGAUUACGAAAGAUAUAGUCUUGAUGGGAUGACUAAGCUCAUUCAAAAUAGAGUUGACUAUGCCCAUUUUCAAAAUUAUGGAACCUUUGUCAGGUACUCUCAAGAGUUUUUACCACAAUUGAAUGCACAAAGUUUCUUGCAGACUCGAGAAAAGGCCAAAUGGGUUCGUAUCUAUUGUAUGCAAGCUGCUAGAUUUGCAUUCCCCAAGGCCAAGUGGUUUUGGUUUGUCGAUCAAGACAGUUUGAUCAUGGAUAUGGACAUUAAUAUCGAGCAGUAUAUGUUGAAUGACGAUGCUUUGGAUCCAAUCAUGAUGAGAGAACAACCUUUGGUUCCCCCAAGUGGAGCUAUCAAGACAUACAAGAACGUUAGAGCAAAUUCAAUUAAGUUAAUUGUGACCCAGUCGGAAUCCAUGAUUGAAACUACUUCCUUCGUUUUAAGAAAUGAUCAUGUUGCCAAGUCCAUCUUGGAAAUUUGGGGCAACCAGCUUUAUUUGAAUUAUCAAAGUUUCCCCUAUGGUCCUGAUUCAGCAAUCACUCAUAUCUUACAAUGGCAUCCGUUCAUACUAAGUAAAACUACCAUUGUGCCAGCCAAGACAAUUGCUGCUGCUCAUAAUUUCAAAAAGAAGGAGGAUUCAAAGUUUACUUAUUCUGAGGGAGAUUUCGUAGUUCAAUGGGGAGAUUGUAAGGCUCCUGCUUGUGAACAAAUUUUAAAUCAAUACGAUAUGUUGGUGAAGAAACCAAGUAAAUAG